CCUUUCUUCAGCAGCGGCACAGCUUCGUAUUCGGUGGGGUUGGUUCCCCAGUUUGCCACAACCAAUCGGCCAAAGACAACUCGCAACAGCAUACUCGGGCAACUUUCAACACUAGGAAUGGAUGAAUCCCCCCGCGGCGGUGAUGCUGCAAGCCAAACAUUACAGCCUCUAGCACUACCACCCGUCCUACAACAACAGUCAUACUCGAUAUCGCCAUCACAGAUAUGUACCGAUACAUAUGAUGAGGAAGGCGAACUUGAGUAUGAUGGACCAGGAAUUCCUGAUGCCUUGAGGGCGAUUCUUAUCGUGCCCAAGAACCCAAUGGAGCCCGUCAUGACUAUGGCAAAGUCAAUCGCAGACUCGUGGGUAGCGGAGCGUGCUUUGAAGGACAAGAUAGAGAGAGAAGCAUACCUUACAAGCGAAGAUGAAGUUAUAGACUCCUAUGAUUUCAAUACGGAUGAAGGCUCUGACGUCGAAUCGGAUAGCGUACAGACUCUACCUUCUCCUAUAACAGUGCAAGCAGCGUCAUUGAGUCCUUCCCAAACGUUGAAUGCGCAACCCUUCUUCGCCUCAACGGCAUCUGCAUCUAUUUCCACGGAAGGAACGGCUACGAGUUUUCCCACUGGCUCAAACGCUGAAUUUACAGCCUGGGAUACUCCUACAACGAUACCCGGGUCUUCGUAUGGAAUCGUAGCUUCAAGUCCAAGCCAGUCUCGAAAUACCGCCCCUCUGGACACAUCGCAAAUGGUUGGCCUGAGUGUAGCAGCCUGGAUCCAACCAAUGGAUUUACCCGAGCCCACAACUCUGGAUUCUCCGCUGCAUAACUCCAUGCAGCAGCCUUUUCGGCAAUUUCCAUACACUGGGCCGUUUAACCAGAACACCUCUUCUGCUACGGACCAUUAUGCAAAAGAAAAUAGCAUGGGUGAGGCCUGUACUUGGCAACCGGAAGACUUAUCAGAUCAAAACUCGGUCGCAAACCGUCCCAUUGCCGAUGUUCGAUACACAAACCUCGUGGAUCACAGAGCUGCCGUCGACUUCAUACCUGAACCACCUUUCCAUGGGCAGAUUAGCUCCAGCGCUAUGACAUAUCAGUCAGGUGUGAUGGGCUCCUUUCAGCAGCCAGAUGAGCAAACCUGGCCCCAGUCGCAGCAAGAUCAAGCACAAGAGCAGCAGCAGUUUGUAUUCCCUACAGAGACACCGUUUAUUCCCCCGAAUUAUGAAAUGAAUGAGGAGACGCGCUGCACAUGGAUAUUUUCAUCACCGUCAUCGUCCGAUUCGGGGCAGGACAAGCUCCCGGGGAGAAGAACGUAUGCUGGACCAGCAUUGUACGGCCCGGGUUUGGAGGAUGCCGCAUAUACGCAGAUGCAGCUUGAGAUAGAACAGUACAGACCCGGGUUGGAUCAUCAAUAUCAACAGCAAUACCCUUGA